AUAUUACAUGAUUAUUGCCAGUUGAUAAUUAAACUCACAUUGGAUUUUUCAUUUGCAGUACUCAAUAAUUGCGUUCACUUACAUAACUCAAAAUAAAGAAGUUUAUAACAUCGAGAAAUUUAUGAUGGACAAUUUUCGUCGUUUUUCUUCAAGAGGGGACACCAUUAAGGGAAGUAUCAUAGAUAAAAUAAAAAUGGGCCGAUACAUGGCUUUUAUGCAAAUUACUCUCUGUAUCAUCUGCCUGAUAGCGAUUCUUCCUACAAAUUCAGACAGAUCAGGAAUUUUGUACAUCAUAAUGAUGAUUAAGAGAGCAAAUGUGCCGCCUGUUAUCGAAAUUGUCCACUACUUACAUUUUGUUUCGGUUCAUUACUGUUGUUUUCAAGUUACUUACUGCUACUCAAAUGUCAUGCUUUAUUUUGUUCUUCAACUCCAUUUUCAAUAUAUGUUAUUGAUAGAAGACUGCAGGCGAUUGGAAAGAGACUUGGACCUAUCCAGAUAUUCUGAUGAAGACGUGAACCAAUAUCAUGCAAUAAUUGAGAGAAGGUUGGCUUCGAUACUGAGUUAUUACCAAAUUGUAGAUAGGUAUCAAGUUUUAUGUGGAGACCUUUUCAGGCGACCCAUGUUCCUUGUGAUUUGGUUUGGACUCAUCGCUCUGAUGUUCACCAGUUAUUUGUUGGCUAAAGUUGACUUGGGGCCAGAUAUAAUCCUAGUUUUCAUGGUUUGGUUAUCUAUAAUUGAAAUAGCAUUACAUUAUGUAAUCUAUGGACAAAUUUUCAGGGAUCAAAGAAAUGAAUUAUGGGAUGUUCUCAUGGAUUGUCAAUGGUUCAAUUGGAAUAACAGGAACAAAAGGACUUAUCAAAUGUUUCUCAAUCAUGUCAAUGAAGAGAGGUUGAUGAAACCUGGAGGACUUAUUAUAUUAGACUCAACUUUUAUUAUUUGGUUCGGAAGGAAAACAGUUUCUGCAGUUGCAUUUCUAUCUACUAUAGAAGAAGUGAAUGCUUCAAAAUAAAUCCACCUGGAUGCAACUGAUCGUUAACUACCAAAAAUUUCGAUGGAAACCUUGGAUCUGCUCAGCCUACUACACUUAAUAACAUCUGGACCAAUCCCUCACCAACGUUUUUUUCGAUCGUAAAAAAAAUAGUGUCUGCAAUCAACUUCAAAUUAUAUAUCUCCACAAAGUUAAUUUGAUUAUAAUUUCACAAUGAAUCUGAUUUUGUGAACUGAACAAGUUAAUCAGUAUUGGCA